CAACAAACCCACGUGACUCCGCGGAGAAGGAAGUCAGCUUACAGAGGAAGAAUCAUGUGAAAACAAUCGCCGUAACUUUCCCCUUAUUUUAGGUUUAUCUAUCCGGCUGCGACAUGUCCCGCUGGGAGGUCUGCGUGUGCGUGAAGCUGCUCCUUUCCCUUCAUGUUGUUGCUCAGUUGCGGGCUGACGGACGACAGCAGUGGCCUGUUCCCUAUAGGCGCUUUGACCAGCGACCCCCUGCGGACUCGUUCUGCGAAGCUCUCUACCCGUUCUGCCCCAGCGGAGACCGCGAUGGACGCUUUCCCUCCAUACGAGACAGCGACGUCGUCUCUGUCUACCGGCUGCAGACGCCUGUGUGGGAGUUCAAAUACGGAGAUGUACUGGGGAAGUUUCACAUCAUGCACGAUGCCAUCGGCUUCAGCAGCCUGGAGACCGGAGCCAACUACACCAUGGAGUGGUACGAGCUUUUCCAGCUGGGCAACUGCACGUUCCCUCACCUCCGGCCGGAGAUGUUCGCCCCCUUCUGGUGCAACCAGGGAGCUGCCUGCUUCUUCGAAGGCAUCGAUGACCUGCACUGGUCGCAGAACGGGACCCUGGAGAAAAUAGGAGAAGUAACAGGGAGUCAGUUCAACGCGAUGGCCCGGUGGGUGCAGGACGACAACGAGACCGGGAUCUACUACGAGACGUGGACCGUUCGCUCUGACCCCGGUCCGAACGCAACGGUGUGGUUCGAGUCGUACGACUGCUCCCAGUUCGUCCAUCGCACGUACAGGAAGCUGACCGAGCUGGGAGCCAAGCUGUCCAGCCGCUCGCAGACCAACUACACCAAGAUCUAUCUGUACAGCGGAGAGCCCAGCUACCUGGGCAACGACAGCGCCAUAUUUGGGCAGCCGGCGCUGAAAAACCUCGCGAUGGACAUCCGCCAGUUCUACCACACGUUCAGGCCGCAUCAGUCAAUCUUCGACCUCGUUUUCAGCCUGCUGGAGGCUUACAAGGAGGUUGUGCUGGACAAGAGCUUCUACCUGUACUACAACUUUGAGUACUGGCACCUGCCAAUGAAACAUCCAUACGUGCAGAUUACGUAUGAAGAGGUGCCGUUGCCUUAACAACCAGCCUGUACACAUGAAAUUGUUUUUAUUUCUGGUUUUUUAAGUUUAAAAUUCAUGACUAGUCCUGCCAGCACUUGCUAACCUUCAUGCUGAGUUGGUUGUUUUGUUUUAACACAUUAACAAUUUCCCUUCUCUGCAGGAAGCACACUGGUCUGAUUUCACCUUUUAAAAUGUUUGUUGUGGGUGGAUGAUUCUUAUCUGACCACUAGGUGGAGACAUUGUUUAAACAAAACCUGAUCUAACUGGUCUGCUAUAUUUAUGCAGAUAAAUAUAGCAGACAGAUAAAAAAAAUGUUAAAAGAUCUGAUUUAAAUGAAAAUGACCUGAUUUACAUCUGAUGUACCAGGCAUACCUGAUAAAAAAAUGUGCUGAAGUCGUUAAAAGAAAUCUACUUCAAAGACUUAUUCCAACCAACAUUUGCAAGUAUCUUCUGCAAAUAGCAUCAUUGCUAUCGGCAUCCAUAACACUUUCACAUAUUUGUUUUUCUAAAUAACUUUAUGUUGAUCAAAUUGUCUAGAAAGUUUUAAUUUAUAAUUCAGAUACAAAAUAUGAAACGACUCAGAAGCUCCUUUUCCUCUGUGUUGUGUCUCAAAAUGAGAAAGAGGAACAUUUUCUACAGGGACUGCAGUUAAGCAUUGAUCUAAUACCAAUAAAUAUCUUUCAGAUGUUCGGAUAUUUAACUGACUUUCGUCUUUGAUGUAAAUGAACCAAAAUUAAAGGUUGAACUUUUUCUUUUUCUGUGGCUUCAUUCUACUCACUAGGGUUUUGGGUGUGUUGCACAUAUUUUCUAGGGAUGGCAGUGAUGGUGGAGGGCAUUAGAUUGAGUCAGUGAGUUAACUUGACGUAACGGCAUAACGGAAGUCUUUCAAUCCUGCCUGUUGUGACUUCUGCUUUAAAAUUAUUGCUUAGCUGAAUCAUUUCCUUUGGAGACCACAGUUGGUCUCUGAAGAUUUAUUUCAUCACACUAUCAGCACACUGAGUACAAAGACUUUUUUUUUUUUCUACAGUCUGUGAAAAGAUGCCUUACUGACUUUUUAAACUGAUUCAUAAAAAAAUGUUUACAACUGUGGCUGACAACUUGCACUCUUUGUCCAGCGGCCCUUUUGGCUAUGCAAUGUGACGCUGUGCAACAGCAAAAGAGGAAGUCCGUAUCGGAUGAGGUCAUCAGAUGGGCGGUCUGCUAUUUUUGCCCAAUUCACACCUAUGAUUUGAUUUUGCAUCAAUCCAUAACAUGAAGUGGAAAUAAGUUAUUCUGACAUAUGGUAAAAUGACAAAAUAAAAUAUUUUAGUGUAUGAAUAAUAAAUUCACAAGUGAUUAGUAUUUUGCCUUUGGUUAAAGUCACUGUUGGAAAUGUCUAAAUAUUUUUGUAAGGUUUGUUCAGUGCAGCAGUGAAGCAGGUGAACAGAUACAAGGUGCAACAAGUACAUUCACAAUUGUUUAUUUCUGAAGAUCACAAGUCCCAAAUAAUACCUUUAAAUUAAAGACAAGUGACCAGUAAAGCAAAGUAGGCAAAGUAUUUUUUUUCCAUAAUCACUUGCCACAAUAUUAAUAAUAAUAA